AUGACGCGAGUAACCAAGAAGGUGUCCCCGUUGACCAAGCCAUCACGGCGGCUGCUCUGUCUCGGUCUCGAGGGCAGCGCGAACAAGCUCGGCGCCGGUAUUAUCAGUCACACGCCGACGGAGAACGGUACUCUCGUCACCGUCCUCUCGAACGUCCGACACACCUAUGUCACCCCGCCAGGAGAGGGAUUCCUCCCCAGUGACACUGCUCGUCACCACCGCGAGUGGGUGAUCCGCGUCCUGCGCGAGGCUGUCAAGAAGGCUGGCCUCCGGUUCGGCGACCUCGAUGUUAUCGCCUUCACGAAGGGCCCCGGAAUGGGCACACCCCUGCAGGUUGGCGCGCUCGUAGCGCGAACACUCAGCCAGUUGUAUGACAUUCCGCUUGUUGGUGUGAACCACUGUGUUGGACAUAUUGAGAUGGGUCGGCACAUUACGAACAGCCAGAACCCGAUCGUGCUCUACGUCUCAGGCGGUAACACGCAGGUGAUCGCCUACUCGGAGCAGCGAUAUCGUAUUUUCGGCGAGACGCUCGACAUCGCCAUCGGAAACUGUCUCGACCGCUUUGCGCGUGUUAUCAACCUCCCCAAUGACCCGAGCCCGGGCUACAACAUUGAACAGGCAGCGAAGAAGGGAAAGCGUCUCAUGCCGCUGCCUUACGGCACAAAGGGAAUGGACAUUUCGCUGGCGGGCAUUUUGACGGGCGUCGAGGCGUGGACCAAGGACCCGCGAUACCGAUCAUGGGACGACGUACCGGCCGCGUACUUUGAGGACGGAUUCGACGAGGACAUCAUCACCCCCUACGACCUCUGUUUCUCGCUGCAGGAGACGACGUUCGCGAUGCUCGUCGAGAUCACGGAACGCGCAAUGGCGCACGUCGGUAGCGCGGACGUGCUCAUCGUCGGCGGAGUCGGGUGCAACCUUCGUCUGCAGAACAUGAUGGGCAUCAUGUGCGGUGAGCGCGGCGGCAAUGUUUUCGCGACCGACGAGAGCUUCUGUAUCGACAACGGCGUCAUGAUCGCCCAGGCGGGCAUGUUGAGCUGGCGCAUGGGCAAGACAACGCCGGUGGAGAAGACCAGCGUCACGCAGAGGACGGAUGCUGUGCACGUUGCUUGGAGGGCGUGA